CACGCCCUACCCAAAUACGUACUACUUUCAAUAUACCUUUCAGUCAGUCGAUCCAUAAAUUCAGACAGACAUCGCCUGAAGGAAGUACUGCCAGCUCUAACACUUACUUCCCUCUAUCCGCUCCAACCAAACUCAAAAUUUGAUCUCCAACAACACCCCUCAUACUCCACCACCUCACACAAUAUCAGCAGCGAUGAAUGCCCGUAUCGGCGUCGGUGUCUUCGUAUUCAACUCCAAAGGCGAGUUUAUCCUCGGCCAGCGGAAGGGAAGCCACGGAGCAGGCCACUGGGCGCUUCCAGGCGGCCACCUUGAGUUCAACGAGUCCUUUGAGACCUGCGCAGAGAGAGAGGUGCUCGAAGAGACUGGUGUCAAAGUCAAGGAUAUCAAAUUCCUCACUGCUACCAACGAUGUCAUGAAGUCUGAGGGGAAGCACUAUGUGACUAUCUUUGUGGGGUGUCGGCUGGAGGACGAGAAUGCUACGCCGACGAUCAUGGAACCGGAGAAAUGCGAAGAAUGGAGAUGGGUGAGCUGGGGGGAUGUGGCGUCGUUGUACGAGGAGCACAACCAGGUAGAGACGGAGGGCACGAUGGCGACCUUUGAGGGCAAGGUCCUCUUCACGCCGCUUGUCAAUCUGUUCCGGCAGAGAAGCGACCUCCAUCCGUGGAAGAGUUACAAACAGACUGCUUGACUGCGUUGGACCCCCGAGAUAUGGAUCUUUGUGGUUCUGUUGGCGUUUCUUUAUUUUCUUUCAUAGACUUUGUGCCGGUGCGAUAUUAGCUGUGGGUGGUUUUUUGUUUGUCUAGAGUUUGUCGGGUUUUUCAUACAUUGCUUCUUUCAAAAAUCUUAUAUGUGGAUGGUUUUGAGUACGGAUUCUAACCCCAGGGAAGGACAGGUCACUACUGACCACUCUACAUCGUACGCACACCCCGUAAGGCUAU